AAACUAACAAACGGCUGGGCUUCCUUCUCUUUUGGUGAGUGUAGCACCUCCCUCUACUUCGUUCCAAGAAGCAAAGGAACAGAGAACGCCAUGGCUGUUCCAGAAGGAAAGCUUCACAGUGAAAACGAAGAAGAGAAGAAGAAGAGGAAGAGAAAGAGGGCUAAGAAGAGAGCACUUGCAGACUCCGAAGCUGUGAAAACCAAUCGAGAGAUUGAAGACGGAGACGAAGAAGAAGAAGAAGACGCAAGAGUAGCAGCCGAAGCAGAGGCAGAAGAUGAAGAAGUGGAUCGAGACUCGACUGAGGAUGAAGAAAGCAGUGAGGACGACGAGAGGAAAGCCGAGGAUGCCACGGAGGAGAAGAAGAAGAAGAAGUUGCAGGCUGGAUCAGGAAUCAUGAGCACUGAGUCUUUCUCUCGGUUGGGCCUUUCUGAACCCACCAUGAAAGCCAUUCAAGACAUGGGCUUUGAUAAAAUGACUGAGAUUCAAGCUAGAGCUAUUCCACCGCUUUUAGAAGGCAAGGACGUUCUUGGAGCUGCAAGGACUGGUGCUGGAAAGACCCUUGCUUUUUUAGUGCCAGCUAUUGAGUUGUUAUAUCACAUCCGUUUUUCUCAUCGUAAUGGAACAGGUGUUGUUGUUAUUUGCCCAACAAGGGAGCUUGCCAUACAGACACAUGCUGUUGCUAAGGAACUUCUCAAAUACCACACACAAACUGUUGGAAUGAUCAUUGGUGGUGCAGCUCGGAGGGGAGAAGCAGAGCGCCUUGUGAAAGGAGUAAAUCUGUUAAUAGCUACCCCUGGGAGGUUUCUUGACCAUCUUCAAAAUACCAAAGGCUUCAUAUAUAAGAAUUUGAAGUGCCUUAUGAUUGAUGAAGCUGACAGAAUAUUGGAAGCAAACUUUGAGGAUGACAUGAGGCAGAUUAUUAAAAUCCUACCAAAGGAGAGGCAAACAGCUCUGUUCUCUGCUACCCAGACUACUAAGGUUGAAGAUCUUGCACGGUUGUCUUUUCAGACAACUCCUGUAUAUAUUGGGGUUGAUGAUGGAAGGUCAAAGGUUACCAAUGAGGGGCUGCAGCAAGGCUACUGUGUUGUGCCAAGUGCCAAGAGAUUUCUUGUUCUCUAUUCUUUCUUGAAGAGGAACGCAUCAAAGAAAGUUAUGGUUUUCUUCUCUUCAUGUAACUCGGUCAAAUUUCAUGCAGACCUUCUUAGAUACAUUAAGAUGGAUUGCUUCGAUAUCCAUGGACAGCAAAAACAAGUCAAAAGGACAUCCACCUUUUUUGACUUCUGCAAUGCAGAGAGGGGAAUUUUAUUGUGUACUAAUGUUGCUGCCCGUGGGCUUGAUAUUCGUGGCGUGGACUGGAUCGUGCAGUAUGAUCCUCCAGAUGACCCUAAGGAGUAUAUUCACCGGGUUGGUCGAACAGCCCGUGGAGAAGGUGCAGAAGGUCAUGGCUUGCUCUUCCUGAUACCAGAGGAGUUGCAAUUUCUUCGUUAUCUUAAGGCAGUCAAAAUACCCAUUAAGGAGUAUGAGUAUGAUCAUAAAAAGGUGGUGAACGUGCAGUCAGUCCUGGAGGAUCUGGUUGUCAACAACUAUUAUCUAAACCAAUCUGCUAAGGAUGCAUACAGGUCGUACAUAUUAGCAUACAAUUCACAUUCUAUGAAAGACAUCUUCAAUGUUCACCGCCUUGAUCUUCAGGCUGUUGCUGCUUCAUUUUGCUUUUCCUGUCCUCCAAAAGUAAAUCUGAACAUAGACAGCAGUGCAUCCAAGUUCAGGAAGAAGAUGCGUAAAGUUGAAGGAACCCGGAAUGGUUUCAGUGAAAGCAACCCUUAUGGAAAGCAGAAAGGUGAAAAUGAUAAACGGCAAUUUGUAAGGUACUAGCAGAAUGGGCAUUAUUGAACAGCAUGGUCUGUUCCAAUUUUGAGUAGAGAUUGAGAAUCCAGUUUGCUUGCUCACAAAAUUUUCGUUUUUAUAGUUAUUUAUGUUAAAAUAUGUAACUGAAUGGUGUAAAAUCCUUUUAUGAGCAUGAUUUAAGAUAUCUCCCUUUCAGAUCACUAAAGUAUCUGAGUUCUGAGGUAAUAAAUUUAAAAUUGUUAA